GAAGUCGAGGAAUGGCGUCUCAGAUCUGGCGAGGACCGGGUUGGGGUGUGAGUGUGCUGGAGAUCGGAACUUGACUCAGUUUUCGGUACACCUGACUCGUCUUUAUUGCUGACGGAGCUUCGUGUGUGGCAUCUAGUCAUGGUGUUGCCUCGAUUAAGCAGUGAACAACUUGGAGAUCUGAUAUCGAUAACAUCCGAUUCGUCUUUGUGAACGCCAGUGUUAUCCAUUCGCAGUCAUGACUGGUCGACGGUCAGGUGAACUAAAUGCAAUGGAUAGUCCUCGAGAUUUCCAUUCGACCUGUCGGGGAGCUGGGUAUGACGAUGUAACUUCACUUGAUUCUUGGGGGGAGUUAGAUCCACCUUCCCCUGUAUUAGGUACACAGCUGUCAGCCGCAGAUCACGCGUUGCCGAAGCCAUCACACAAGAAGAAAACACACUACAAACAGAAAAUAGACGGGAGUAAUGCGGUCAAACGAAAAGAUCGGAGUAAAUCAGCGUUGGUUAACAGCAAUAGUGGCAGCAGUAAUUUUGGUGGGACUUCUUCUACAGCUGAACAAGUCAAAAGUGGUGGAAACAUUGUUUAUGAUGAUAGCCGCAAAGUCAACAAAAACAGUCAUAGUAAGCAUGAAGUCUCAAGUAGAUAUUCCAGUAAUGAUCCCAUCAUGCUUAAUCCAGGGAACUUAGAAUAUAUAAGUCCAAUGAAAAGUUCAGUAACCAGCAAUAGUAGCCAUUACAUACAUUCGUCUGGAAGUACCUCACUACCAUUUCAGCCGUCAAGUGGUAAUAUACAUGCAAGUUAUGAAAGUUCAGGCUCUUCGACUUCAGACACAGCUGGAUCUAGUGCAAAGAAACGUUCAAACUUGAAAACCAAGAGGUCCUACAUACAGUCAAAGUUACAAUCUAACCCGGGAGAUUUGGCUGGAGAAGAGGAUUUUAUGUAUGUAUCAAGAGACGUUCGGCUUAAUACUGAAGCACAACGAUGGGAGGACAAGCAUAGGUCUUCUGAGAGUAUUUAUUCCUCAACAGAACAGUCACAAAGUUUAAACAAAGGUUCAAGGGAAAGCGAUUCCCCUGGAGAUUUAGAUCAGCUGUUUGAACAAAGUGAAAAAGUGAAGACCAAGUUGAUGUCUAUGUGGAAUAAUAUGAAAUAUGGAUGGACUAUCAAAACCAAAACGCAGUUCAGGUUUGACAGUCCUAUAUACCUACUGGGAAAGUGUUACCACAUAAGGAAGGAGGAGGAUGUUGAGACUGAUGCCCACUUGCCUCAGCACCACCGACCAACACAUCCACAGCUUUCAUACAGGAUGACAGAGAUGGAGGCAUUCAAACGUGACUUCACCUCACGACUGUGGUUCACUUAUCGACGAGACUUUCCCCAGCUGCCACAUUCUUCCCUAACUACUGACUGUGGCUGGGGCUGUAUGCUGAGAAGUGGACAGAUGAUGCUGGCUCAGGCAUUUAUAGACCAUUUCCUGUCUCGAGAUUGGAGGCUCUUCAACCAUCAGACAAAAGAACAACAGUUGUAUCACAAACAGAUAAUACGUUGGUUCAGUGAUUUUCCGAGUGACCAGUCACCCUUUUCCAUUCAUGCCCUUGUGCAGCUUGGAGAAAAAACUGGGAAACGGCCAGGAGAUUGGUAUGGGCCAGCAUCAGUGGCACACAUCCUUAAGGAAGCAAUUUCAAAGGCAUAUGAAUACCAGCCAAUACUAAAUGACAUAGCAAUCUAUGUUAGUCAGGAUUGCACAGUGUACAAACAGGACAUUUUGGAUCUCUGUGCCAACCGUCGCAGAUCUUCAACACGACUAAGUUGCUCAACAGACUCUCCUACAAGUCCCCAGCCCUUUGUUUGUGCAGAACAAGACUGGAAACGGGGCGUUAUCAUCUUGAUCCCUGUGCGUCUGGGCAGUGAUGCAUUGAACCCAGUCUACAUACCUUGUCUUAAAUCCUUGCUAACACAGGACUGCUGUUUGGGCAUUAUUGGGGGGAAACCUCGACAUUCUCUCUAUUUCAUUGGUUGGCAAGAGGACAAGUUGAUUCAUCUGGAUCCUCACUAUUGUCAGGAUGUCAUUGACACAAAGUCAAGGGAUUUCAAUAUAGCCACCUUUCAUUGUAUGUCACCUCGGAAAAUGUCAUUCAACAAGAUGGAUCCCAGCUGUACCAUUGGCUUCUACUGUAAAUCCAAGGAAGACUUUAACAAAUUCAUAGAACAGACAGAGGAGAUGGUCUUGGAGCCAAAGUACAAGGGCUUGUAUCCAAUGUUUAUCUUUUCUGAGGGCAGCUGCAGUGAUAUUAAUCUGGAGGGACUGUCAAUAAAGGAAGACAAACUAUUACGCAUACGUCAUGUUAAUACAGCAACAAUCAAUGGCAAACCUCGAUCAAGGACAAUUGAGUCAGAGGAAUUUGUCUUUUUAUGAAGUCUCCAUGUUAACUUAAGGUUAUGGUGUAUCGUGUAUAUACACACAUGUACUGUGCCAAGAACAUGUAAAGCAUAGUUUAUAGUAUAAAACACUUUUAAUCUUCUUGCUAAGAAGUUUAUGAUAUUUUAUCAUGUAAGCAAAGUUUGUGAUAGUUAAAGGAUGCAAAUAUGAUUGCUGAAAGUAAAUUUAGUGGUAUGCAUGUUUUUGCUCGGCUAAGGAACUUCCAUUUGACAGUAUCAUUUGAAAUGACAGUUUUAUCUCAGCAUCCUUUUGUUAAUGUAACUAGUACACCUCUCAAUAAGAAGACUUACAUCUACCAGAAUGUCGAGACUCAAUUCUUAGCAGUUCUUACACAGAUCUGUUUUAGCUUGUUCACAAAAGGAUUGGGAUUGAGAGGAAAGUGGUGUACUUCAUAUUUUAUUAUUUCAGGGUUGGGGUGGAAAAGGAAUUCUGUCUCUUUUACCAUGUCCUAAAACAGAAUGUUUUAACAAGACAGUUUUUAAUAGUUUUCCAUUAGACUUUGAAAGAAAAUCAACAAAUACUAAUGGUGUGCUAGUGUUUUAAAUAUUACCAAGCACUAUAUGUGGAAAUUUAGAGAACUCGGGAAGCCUUAAAGUAGGCGAACUCCACCAUGAUUAUCUAAUUAAGGCAGUCUUGUAAGGUUGCAGUGGUAUUUGCAUAGGGCUUGCUUUAUUUUGUAAAUAACAGAAAGUGGUACUGGGAUAUAUUUUAUCUUGUAUGGGCAGAUUUUAAUUAAAACCAAACUUAUUUUGAUCUCCAAUUUAUAAUUAUGAUUGCUGAGUAUCAGAGCAUUAAGCUGGGUUAUUUUAAUAAAUCAGUGAUUUAAUACCCUAUUUAGUUAGCUUACCCUACACAAGUAGGCUUAUAUCAUUCAAUGCAUUCAUCAGGAUUUGAGUUGUUAGAAAAGUAUGUGCUUUAUUCAAGGAUUCUCUCUGUUGAGUUUACUUAUUUUUCUUCAUAAAAUGUAAAGCACAGAAUAUAUAUUUUAGGGACCAGGGUUAUGUAUGAAUGAUUGGUGUCUUUUUUUGCCCAAUGCACACAUUUUCUUAUUUAUAAAUACAUAUAUUCUACAUAUUUUAUUUGUGCAUAGAAUCAGUAUGGUCACAAAGCUUAGCCUAAAGCUCCGUGUAAUAAUAAUUCUUCAGAUAGCACUUACAGUGUGUGCUGCUUACAUGAAUAUUUUCUGGAAGAAGUGGGUUUGAUGAUUAGUGUUUAGAUUGCCUUUUACAGCAACAUGUUGAAAAUAUUUUUUUUGUAUAUUUUUCUACUCUUUGGAGUAAAGAUUAGGUCAAAUCUUAAAAAACCCUACGUUUUUCAAUUUUUGAAGAAGAAAUGUGUUGAACUCCACAUUAUGAAAGUCAUACACCUUAAAUUCAUGUUUCAUUAUUUUAGUUUUCUUUAUUUGAUUGGUGUUUUAUGCCAUGCUCAAGAAUAUUUCACUCGUGUUUCAUUAUAGAUGUUUAACCCACUGUAACAAGGCUUCUUACAGAAAGUGCUGAGUUAAAAUAAUAGUUCAUACCACAUUUAUAAGUGUUUUAUUAUAAUUACCUAUUUAACUAGACACUUAUUCAUAUCAUUAUUCCAAUUUAGUAUAACAAAAAAAACUUAUGAUUUUGCUCAAAUAGUGGAGGUAUUUAUGUUCAUUAUAAAUGUAAUCUGUGUCUAGAAAUAUAAAAAAAGACCAUAUACAUUUAUGUACUGCAUCCAUAAUCUUAGAUUAUGUAUACAUGUAAAGUUAUGUUCUAAAUACUACAGAAAGUACUGGCAUACCAAUACAUCAAGUGGAAUCUUGCUUACAUGUAAGCACAAGUAUAUGCAUGCUGAUGAAUUUGUACAGGUUGUUGUGUCUGAAUGUGUGAAAGUGUGUGAAUUGGAAUAAAAACAAGCUGAUUUAGUGUUUGGUUUAAAUAGUAAAGAUGUAUACUAUAUGUAACUGCGCAGCCAUGUAUUUGGAUUUAAACACUAUAUCUAUUGUAGAGAACAGGAAAAUGGUUUUAUUUUGUACAAAGAUGAUGAAAAUUUUGAAAUUAUAGAAAAUUGUCAACAUUAA